AUGCUGAAGAUACUUCCAAUCCUAGCCACCCUUGCAGGUCUCUGCUUACCGUGCUUACUGCCCACAGGUCACGCCAGCAGCGUUGUGGUGACUGUUCCUGAGAAGAUAGUGAAUGUCACGACAGGCGGCAACGCAACCCUCCUCUGUACGUACGCGAGUUCUCAGCCGCUGGGAAAUUUCUUUAUCCAGUGGAGCUUUUACAGUGCCAAAGAGAGCCAGCUGCACACCCACUCCCCGUGUCACGGUAUUCUGAGUAUGGAUGAAAAGUCAGUCAGUCAUUGUCAAAAGAUGGUGUAUGUGACAGAUGCACGGGGAAGAUGUAGCUGGAGAUACAAGAUCUAUUAUUAUUCAGGAGGACAGUCUUACUCCUAUGGAGAGUUUAAGAACAGGAUCACAGCUGCAACAGGUCCAGGGAAUGCAUCGAUAACAAUCUCCAACAUGCAGCCCUCUGACACUGGUUCCUACACCUGUGAAGUUUUCAGCCCACUGAAUGAUGCUGGCCAGAGCCAAAAAUCAGUGAUUGUCAACGUGCUGGUCAAACCAUCAAAGCCUUUCUGCAAAAUAGAAGGAACGCCAGAGAAAGGCCAUCUAAUCUACCUCUUAUGCAAAUGCGAAGAGGGAUUGCCUCACCCUACCUACCACUGGUACAAAGUAGACGACAAUACCCUCACGCCUGUAACUGAGCAAUUCAAUCCAAACACUGGCAUUCUUUACAUUGGCAACCUCACUACCUUUGAAACAGGAUAUUACCGCUGUAUAGCCAGCAAUGUCAUGGGGAACAGUACCUGUGAGCUUGACCUAACUUCAAUGCAUUCAGACAGUGCUAUUGUUGCUGGAGCAUUAAUUGGAGCAAUAGUGGCAGCUGUUAUCAUUUGUGUUAUCGUCUGGGUCUUAACCAAGAAAGCAAAGAAAAAGAAGUCAUCAAGUAAUGAAAUGCAAGUAAUGGCUCAGAAACAAUCCAAUGCAGAGUACGUUCAGGUACCGAAUGAAGAAAACAUACCUGCAACCACAGUUCCAUCAAGCAAUGAGACAAACGAAUACCCCAGUGUUGAUGAAACAGCAGCCUCUGGAACACCUGAAAAUGAUGAGAAGCAAGACGUGGAAAAAGAAGAAACAGCCUAGAGUUUAUUUCAACAGUUUUCCUUGUCAGUUUUGGAGCCCAUUAUAAAAAAAAAAUAACAAAAAAGCAAAUUUGUCAUUGAAUUAACAUAGCAUUGGGACUUAAACUUAAAUCUUAAACAUUGGGCUGGAGAUUGAAAAGGAUGCUACACCUGCACUUUGUGAGUAGCAGAUUGGGCCUUUGAGUUAACCAAAUUUCACGUGUGUUUAUAACUAGAUAAUAAAUAUAAAAAACUACCAUCCGCAGUUAUACAAUCUAUUUUACAAAAUUAAUUAGAAAAUGGUGUCAAGCAUUGAAGAAAAUACGACGUUCCUGUUAGCUAUCAGUAAUGCUGUAUGUGUCCAUCCAGUUCUGAACCACAGAAGCCUGCUCCGUGAAGUGUUGGCCAACCUCAUGUCUCCUGUGGACCAAGAACUACCAUCAUGGCCAGUACACUGGAAUGUUUAAAGGAUCUGAUUUUGCACUUCAGAACUAAAAGCACGUUUCACCGAUUUCAUCAGAGCGCAGAAACAGAUUUAAAGACCUGGACCAAUGAAAUCUUGUGUCUGAAUUCCACUUAAAGUUACAAAACCAAAACAGUCCUGGAAACGUUUACCCUGUUGCUGCCUAACAUGGGACACACUUUG